AACUGUGCGACGUUGCGGCAUGUUUGUAACGCGGAAAGUUUCCAGCAAAAAUCCUCCAAUAUUUACAACGACAUGACAGUAAAACAGCGCGUACGCAUUUGGACAGGGCAAGACCACGGUAAUACCAUGAUUUGGCAUCGUGUGAACACGUCCAGCUUCUCUCGUACCUGCAACAUCCAGAGGUCUUGAGGUGUUCACAUCCUUCCUCUGAUUGGUCAGUCGAGAUUCAGAUUCUCUGGGUGUCAUGGCAACAGCAUCCAGUGGGUCAUGGAUGUGAGCGAUGAGUGUUCAAUUGAGGGGGACCCUACAGAAGAUCUCGCGUCAUUUGAGGUGGUCGACCUGUCGAACCAUGGCCUGCUGGAUCUUAGUGAAGAACUCAAUGGACACGAGCGAAAGGAGAAAGCCAAACUUAAAACUAAAUUAAUUUCAGCGUGGAAUAAUGUCAAAUAUGGAGGCUGGACUCUGAAAACCAAAUCUCAUCUCCGUAAGAGCAGUCCUCUGUAUGUGCUGGGACAGUCCUAUCAGCUGAGCUACAGUGGAGAGCGUGAGUGUUUGAGGCGGGCAUUCUCCUCUCUGCUGUGGCUGACCUAUAGGAGAGGUUUCCCGCCUCUGGAUGGCUCCGCCCUCACGUCUGACGCGGGAUGGGGCUGUAUGCUGCGCAGCGCCCAGAUGCUGUUAGCACAGGGACUGAUGCUGCACAUGAUGCCUACAGGCUGGACGUGGCCUGCAACGCAUCAUCAGACCAAAGAUGACCUGGAGGUCGUUGACCCUCGUGUGUUGGACGAUUUGUUCAGAGAGAAUCGGAGUGUCUCAGGGAAACCUCACAGACGCAGUUUGGACACGAUGUUAGACAGCAAGAUUCAUGAAGACAGGACUCACAGAAAGCUGGUGUCUUGGUUUGGGGAUCUGCCCUCUGCCCCGUUUGGGUUGCACCGCUUGGUGGACUUGGGGAAGGCGUCUGGGAAGCGGGCGGGUGACUGGUACGGCCCAUCCAUCGCUGCUCACAUACUACAGAAAGCUGUAGCAGCUUCUGAGGUGUCGAAUCUAGUGGUGUAUGUUGCUCAGGAUUGCACAGUGUAUGUUGGAGACGUGUUGAGACUGUGUGGAAUGUCUCGUACAGAGGAUCUCUCAUUGAGCUGCAGGUCUGUGUGGAAAUCACUCAUUCUGCUUGUGCCCAUCCGUCUCGGAGGAGAUGUGUUGAACCCCACUUACACGAAAUGCGUUAAGAGACUGCUGGCGCUCAGGUGCUGUAUAGGAAUCAUCGGAGGGAAACCAAAACACUCACUGUAUUUUGUGGGGUUUCAGGAUGAUCAGCUGAUCUAUUUAGAUCCUCAUUACUGUCAGUCUGCUGUUGACAUUACUCAAGACAACUUCCCUUUAGAGUCGUUUCACUGUAAAACCGUGAGGAAGAUGUCGUUUAAUCAUAUGGACCCCAGCUGUACUCUGGGUUUCUAUGCCAGCAGCAGGGCAGAUUUCCAGAAUUUGUACUCAGAUGUUACUACGGCUCUGACUUCAUCAGAGGAGAAGUACCCCAUCUUCACGUUUGUAGAUGGUCAUGACAAGGGGGAACGGGUGUUCUCAUCUGCCUCAGUCUCUCAUAUUAACACCAAAGACAGACGGAGCCGAACUAAACAGAGAAACAACACAGAGGAGUUUGUGCUUCUGUGACAAACUCGAUUUCCUGUUUGUUACUCUUUCUACAAAGAGAUUUAGUUUACUGGGAGGACUUUGAAUAUUUUUAAGUUAAGUUUGUCCAAACUGCUGCUGUUAUUUAGUUGUUUUCUAUGUGUUUGAUGUCUGUUCACACUGGCAUACAGGAGGAUAUGAGGAGUUCUUCCUAUGCAGGUGGUUAAGCAGAUUAGCGUGGUGUGACGCUUAUGACGACAGACACGUCUCUGGUAGACACAUGAGAGGGGUAGAGGUCACCUUUGUACAAAUUUGUGGGAAUUUGUCAACACUGUCUUAAAGAUUUCUUCACCGUUUAUGUAUUUUUCUGUGUAUUUGGUUAACUGUAAACAGCUUUUAAUUAAAAUGUGAUAAAGACCUGUAUUUAUGAACAGCUUAGGAAUAAACACCGAAACUGCUUCACCACAUGUGCUCUCCAUGUUGUACUC